CCAGGCAGCUCACUUCAGUAAGUCAUUCUGUGAAUUCACUCUUACUGUUGAACAUUGUGCAGGGUUAUACAGCCAGAUACUUGCCUGAAAGGAAAACAACAGAGAACUUUACUUAGCCAUGAAGUUGUUGGCAAUUUUACUCGUCCUGCCGGCGUUAUGCUUUGGCCAGCGACAGCAGGGACCAGGAAUGGGUCCAGGAAUGGGACCAGGCAUGGGUCCAGGAAUGGGACCAGGCAUGGGACCAGGUAUGGGACCAGGAAUGGGACCAGGGAUGGGCCCAGGCCAGGGCCAGGGCCAGGGGCAAGGACAGGGACAAGUCGGAGGCUCAAAAUGCAAGGGAGGCUGGUUCCUCAUCGGGCAGCAAUGCUUUAAGAUGAUGUCCAGAGCGCUGAAAUGGAACGACGCUGAGUUGAUGUGUGAGCAGAACGCACCAUGCGGAACCCCUGUUCUCGGAGGCGUCAUGACCAUCCCCGACAUCCAGACAUCGAACGCCGUCAUCAACCACCUCAAGAGCCUGUCAUCCACGCCAAUGGCCAUCGAUAUCCCAUUCUGGACCGGUCUGCACAACAAAUGGAACGCACUUCUUGAGAGGUACGAAGGGUGGAAGUGGCCGGCCGGAUGGAGCACCACACAACAACCUCUACGGUUCGUCAACUGGGCCCCAAGGGAACCCAACAACCAGCUUCUGGAUCAGCAGCACUCGUACUGCGCAGCCAUGAACAGGAUGGGACAGUGGUACGUCGUAAGAUGUGACGAGCCUAUGUACUUCGCGUGCUCUAUGCCGGUCAGCCCACCACUCGUUGGAGGAGCUAACACCAACCCCGGUAUGGGAAUGCUUGUGGAGAACCCCGCCCCGAUCAUCGACGGAUACAUCGAAUUCGAAAGUGGUCUGCUGAUGAGGGACGGCGUAGGAGGCCCGUAAGACUCUCACAAAACUUUAAUACAGUGUCAUGACUAGCUCGUGAUCUAAAAAUUCAAAAUGGCGGACGUGUGAACUUUGACCCAAAGCCGUUGGAAAGAGAGAGCGAGAGAAAACCAUGGCAAACCUUUUUGAAAGGAUUGUCCACCAAACCAGCAAUAUUCGCAAUUACCACGAUCUUUCGCUGCAAGAUAUUUUAAUUCAUUGAUAUUUAAUUUUAAAUGAAACUGAUAGUCUAAACUAUUUCGUAGUCAGGGAUGGGUUUUCAUAAAGAAUUUCAAAAAAUUGCAGUGAUCGUAAGUUGAAAUAGUUUUGUGAUGUUUAUAUUUUCUAUGUUAAAUUUGAAACAAGAGGAUGUACAAUAUACUAUUUUGCAACAAAUGUAAAAUUUCCAUUAAACAAAUUAAUUUCAU